CACGUAUCAUACGGGGACUCUGUCAAAGAAACCCUCAAUGGUAAGACGUGAUGAGAGUCUUCAGAUGCAUUAUUCGGAUUGCCAUACCAUCUCUCUGAAGUGCUGAGCGUCGGUUAGUGCUGUGUUCUUCGGUUCACGAAUCUUCGAGACGCAUGUCGGUACGAGUAUUCGGAAAGCUACUGUGUUAAGCUCGCUCGAACUCGUAUACCCACCUUGGCAAUAUCAGCUCAUCAUUGAUCGAAGGCGUCGUCCAACCAGACAUGAUCCUCUUCUUUCAUCCGCACGAGGCUCCCUUAUCCUCGUCCGGCGGUUCCUCCUCCUGUGUAUGAAUCUCACUAACGUAGUUAAGGCCCCCCCCAUGCCCUGACAGCAACAUGACGAAUCAAGGUCUAAGUUAGAAGGCCCAUCACACCUCCGCAAUCUCCAUUGCGUCUGUUACAAAAAACCCACUGGAGUGGAAUUCUUUGGCGACACUCCUUUGGCCCGCCUAACCGACCCCUCACUGGUCCCGUCCGUGUCCGUCCCACGGGAUCCCUAAACUGGAGAUCCGUCCACCCUCGAAGCUGGACUGUCCGGGGGCGUGGACGGGGAGACAUGACGGAGUUGCGGGGCAUAUAAAUCCCAGGAUGGGCGCUGGUGAGAUCCUCGAUUGGGCAUAUCUCUGUCCUCUUUGUUCAAGCCUAUAGAUAUUACUGCCUUUCUCACUGCUUCUCUGCUUCUUCUUCUUGUUCAUCCAGGAGACGCCACGCAAUAGACACAAGAUGGGUUCCCAGCAAAUCGAAGAGGUCGACGUCCUGCUCGUUGGAGCCGGCUUCUCCUCCUUCACGCUGUUAAAUCGACUCCGCAAACUCGGCUUCUCCGUGCGCAUCUUCGAGAAGGGCUCAGCAGCAAGUGGCGUAUGGUGGUGGAACUGCUACCCCGGCGCACGAGUCGACACCGAUACGCCCAUCUACCAACUCUUCGACAAGGAACUCUGGGAAGACUUCACCUUUACGGAGCGCUACGUCGGCUGGAAAGAAUUACGCCGGUACUUCGAUUACGUCGAGAAGAAAUGGAACGUCAGAGACCACACGAGCUUCAACAUGAACGUCGACAGCGCCGUGUUCGACGAGUCUCGACAGCAAUGGCUGGUCGAGUGCGCCGACGGCACCGAGAUCUAUGCGCGGUGGUUCAUCCCGUGCAUCGGGUUCGCCUCUAAGCGGUACACGCCGCCGUUCCCGGGUCUGGGCAAUUUCAAAGGCGACAUCUACCACACGGCGGUAUGGCCGCAGCACGGGGUGAAUCUCAAGGGCAAGCGCGUGGCCGAAAUCGGCACGGGGGCCAGCGGGAUCCAGGUGAUUCAAGAAAUCGGUCCCGUGGUCAAGGAGUUGACGGUGUUCAUGCGAACUCCGAACAUGUGUCUGCCAAUGAACCAGCGCAAGCUCGAUCCCAAGGAAGAAGAGGAGAAGAAGAAAUCGGGCUGGUACGAGCGGGAAAUGGAAAAGACCAGGCACACCUUCGCCGGGUUCACGUACGACUUUGUGCAGCGCAACACGUUCGACGACACGCCCGAGGAACGCGAGAAGUUCUACCACAAUCUCAUGGUCGAUCACGGCGGGUUCAUGUUCUGGCUCGCAACGUACAAGGACAUGCUGUUCGACCUGAAGGCCAACGAGCAAGCCUACAACUUCUGGCGAAGGCAGGUCCUCAAGCGCAUCACGGACCCGAAGAAGCAAGAACUCCUUGCGCCCAAGGUCCCGCCGCAUCCUUGGGGCACAAAACGGCCCAGCCUCGAGCAACGCUUCUACGAGGUCAUCGACCAGCCCAACGUCAGCAUCGUCGACAUCAACAAGAGCCCCAUCGAAGAGGUCACAGCGACCGGCUUGAAGACCAAAGAAGGUCAUGUCGAAGUCGACGUCAUCAUCCUGGCCACUGGCUUCGACAGCGUGACGGGUUCGUUGGCCCAGCUCAACAUCCAGGGCACCAAGGGCGGCACGAUUGCAGACCACUGGAAAGACGGCACGCGCACCGCCAUGGGUAUUGCCAUGCCCGAGUUUCCGAAUAUGUUUUUCCUCUAUGGACCGCAGGCUCCCACUGCGUUCUCGUCCGGCCCGAGCUGUACGCAAUUCCAGGCCGAGUGGGUAGAACGCACGUUUCAAAUGAUCAAGGACAAGGGUAUUACAAGGCUCGAGGCCACGCAGGAGAGCGAAGAUGACUGGUGCAAGAGGCUGCGGGAGGAGUGGGAUGCCACGUUGUUCCCCAUGGCGAAGAGUUGGUAUCAGGGGGCGAAUAUUCCGGGCCGCAAAGUCGAGCCUUUGAAUUGGGCCGGCGGUAUGGUCGAAUACGUGGCGACGCUGAAUCGGAGUCUCGACAAUGAUUUGCAAGGUUGGAAGUAUGCAACUGCUGUUCAGUCGUGAGGCCAUUAGAAAUUGGUGCUGGUGCAACGAACGAGGCACAACUUCUCUGCGCCGUUGCGACAGGAGCAACGUUGUGGUGAGCGUGGUGGCUAUGAAUGAAACGACUGGGAUUCAUUGUUUAUUCUUUGAAGAGUGGAGGCCCGGAUAUUCAGUACGGGCUGGUUGCUAGUCAAGACAAUUUGGCGGCCCAGAAGGUACGGAUUAAGAGGGAUUCCAUUACAGUCCAGGUGGUCAGACUAGAAUCGGCACGACAUAUUCGUACACAAGACAAAGAGCUUUGAGAGAAAGAGUAAGCAGGUGGCGUUCCUACUAGAUGGGAUGAAUAUGUCACCAGCGAUUUUGUAGUAGGCAGAUACAUCGAUCAACAAUACUCUAUACUCG